AUGAUUGCGCCGAACAAAGUAGGUGAUGCCAUCUUGGCCUCUACAUCUAUUCCGCAGAGAAGAAAACCACCCAAACUACGUCGUAAACGACCUCUACAACAUGGUCUUGACGAAGAAGUAGAGAAGAAACCAAAUGUUGAUACGCUAAGCGCUAAAAACCAAGCUUUGAUUUCCAGGACAUCUGAUGAUGCAUCGAGCUUUGAGGAUGCGUUGGAAGGGGAGUCCCCGACCUUUGAGGCUCAAGUCCAACCAGUCCCUCAACGACAACGUCAGACUCUUCGGAAUAGGCCAUUGUGUAACGAGGAGGAGGAACGCGACGUGGCCGAGGAUGAAGAUGUUUUCCUCAGUGCUGAACGUCAGAGACUGAGGCGAGAUCGACGCGGCGAUCAAAGGCUCAUUCAGUUAAACUCUAUUGAGGAUGUUGGCAGAACAGCUGGACAGUCCGGCAAAUUGGUGCGCAAUAUAACUGAAACCGCGGUGGGAACGAUUACAGAUACAAGUGGACGAGUUCACAGGAAGCCAUCAGAGAAAGAUGAACCGCUAAAGAAGGAGGAAGGUGAACAGUUGAGGUUGCACUUAGAGUUGAACCUGGACCUGGAGGUUCAGCUGAAAGCGAAGAUCUCUGGAGAUCUGACGCUCACAUUAUUAAAAUCCUUGACUGCCAGUCAGCCGAUGCGUAGCCAUGAGCGAAAAGGUGAGGGGAAACAGGAAAAACUUAAAAAGGUCAUCAAAGCGCAGUAG